AUGGAGGCGCCGCGCGCGAAAGCGAGAUCUGUAUUGACGCGCGCGAAAGCGAGACCUGUAUGGAGGAUGCAAAGGCGGGACCUGUGUGAGUGUGACUGCGCGCGAAAGCGAGAUCUGUAUGAACGCGUGAGAGAGGGAGACCUGUAUGGAGGAUGUGAAAGCGAGAUCUGUAUGGAAAAAUGUGAAGACGAGCGAGAGCGACGAGAGACCUGUAUGGACGCAUGUGAAGGCGGGACCUGUGUGGUCGCGCGCGAAAGCGAGACCUGUAUUGACGCGCGCGAAAGCGAGACCUGUGUGGAGAGUAUUAUGUCAGCUAUUCCCAAUAGCUCAGCCGAUUUCCAGGAUCCAGCAUUCUGGAAGAAGUUUUACAAGAAUUCCGACAGUGUUUUCGAAUGGUAUGGUGAUUUCAAGACUUUUGGACGCGUUUUGACCAAAUAUAUAAAAUCGACUGAUAAAAUUUUGCAAAUUGGAUGCGGCAAUUCGGAAUUAGCUAGCCAGCUUUACGAUAAUGGCUAUCGAUUAGUUGAUAGUAUCGAUACCGAUGAAGGAGUCAUUCAGAAACAACUUGCCAAAAAUAGUUCAUCCAGACCGGAAUUGCAGUUUAUUGACGCGCCGAACGAAAAGUACAACGUUGUCCUAGACAAAGCAACGCUCGAUGCGUUAAUACCAUCCACAUGUCAGGACAAGCUGGAAGACGUGGAAAAAAUGUUUUCAGAGAUAUGCCGGGUACUUACGAUUGCAGGUCGAUACAUUGUCUUUACUCUUGCUCACAAAUACGUGCUCAAUUCAUAUAUGCCAUUUUUUCUGAAACGUAAGUUGGAAGACGAAGUGACUCUGAUACUGCAUGAUAAUGACGAAAAGCCACGAUAUCACAUAGCAGUUCUUGACGACACAGAAGCUGAUGUAUUAAAUUCCUAUGCUGUCUUCAUCGUUCCGGUUGGCAGAGAUCAUGACUGGUUUUUCGCUACUGAAAGAGGACGCGCGUCAUUACGCAAACAAUGCUGUAAGGAUCGGUUGGCAAUUGUUACACUUUAUCGUGAGCAAAAAUAUGAAAAUAUGGAGCAGGUCAAAGAUGAAUUGGGUCCAUAUGUAAUUCAACUUACUCCAGCAUCUCUACUUCAAACAGAGCGUAAGUCAGUGGUUGAGUUUCUUUCACUCGGCAAAAUUGAUGUUAAGGAAACACGUGCUACCGGACAUUCCGAUAUCAAUGGGCCGUGGGCAGUGGAAGAUGUUCGUAUACAAGCUGCUAUGUACAGAAGACUUGUCUUUUUGUCUACCCAAAAUCUAGUACAGACUGAAGCCAAAUUGAUUCGGAAUAAAAAAGGUUGCGAAAUUGUGGAUUUGCAUGCAUUAACCUCGGAAUAUCACGAAGCGAUGCUGGCGGCACUACCUCUCAUGUUAUGUCCUGGUGAAAAAUUGAGCCAGUCAACGGAAUCACGAUUACUUGUUCUUGGAUUAGGUGGUGGUGUUCUGCCUUCCUUCUUGCACCUCAAAUUUCCAUCAAUGUUUAUCGUAGCUGUAGAAUUAGAUCCGAAGAUUGCAGAAAUUGCAAAAGAUUGGUUUUCUUUCAAUAGUAAUCCGCGUUUGGUUGUUGUGAUCAAGGAUGCUCUCACAUAUAUUGAAGAACUGGUGCAAAAAAAAGAUGAAUCACUUCUGUUUGAUGUUAUAUUCAUUGAUGUAGCUGGAAGUAUGCAGGAAGAUGGACUGAGCUGUCCAUUACCGUCGCUUGUAACGGAAAAAGCUCUGGAAAAUAUGUAUGCUGCACUUCGUGAAAGAGGAGUACUGGCUCUAAACUUGGUAACUCGAAAUGAGGAUAUUGCUGAACAAAUUAAAAGUCGUAUUUUAUCGAUCUUUUCUCAUUAUUAUAGCCAUUGCAGUAAAGAGGAUAUAAAUCAGGUUUUGAUUUGUCCAAAAAUGCGAAAGGGCUUAUAUGAAUCUCGAAAGGCUUGCGAAAAUUACAAAAAAGAGAAAGGUACAAUGCGAAAUUUAUUAUCAAAUCUUUCGACGUUGAAAUUUUAUAGUAAACGAGGCAACUGA